CUAGCACUUACUCUUUCGUGUGCUGUCCUGCCCCGUGCGGUGCGCUGUCAUGCUAUGCUCCCUUUCUAUUUUCACACGAACCGCUGAGCGAGACGCGUUGAGGCGCCUUGCUAUCGGCGUAAUAGUAGCAAACAACGAACACUGCGGCCUUCCACGCAUUCUGUCCUGGCAAAGAGAGGCGAGAAACUGUCAUGGGCAUCCACUCAGGCACAAAUAGCGUCUUCUUCACACCACACCAAACCCCGAAAAACCAUGCUGACCGCCUGACUGACGAAAAACAGAGAGCUCGGCUCGUCACACUAUCAUGCAUCGAAGUCGAACGAGACUCUUGCCCGGUCGGCCUUCUUGUGCCUGUCCUGACCACCACCACUGCUGACAUCCAUCCGCUCCUCCCUCCCUCGCUUGCCCUCCUUCCUCCGCCCAAUCAGCGCAUCCGGCAUCACACGAACAUUCUGGCCACCAAGGCCAGUGGCAGUGGUGGUAGCAAGGUGCCGUCCUGUUGACAGCGCCGUAGACAGCACAUCCGUGUCGCUGUCGUCCAGGUCCAUCAUAGACGAGGAUGGCUGCGCGUCGACCUCCUCCACAUCAGCUGCUCCCUCUCGGUCCAUGUCGUCAUGAGCUCCGUCUCGCUCCAGCACGCACUCCCAGCGGUCCUGGUCCUCUCUGUUCUCCUUUUGCCGACGCUGCCGCAGCUCUGUGAGGAACUCGAGAGCGCUCGAACGCAUCUGCUCGGCGUCGUCCGAGUCGACGUCAUUCAGCGAGUAGCGGGCCCACGAGGAGAAGGGAGGCGGGCGGGGAGGGGCGAGGGAGUCGGUGGUGUCCGUCAUGAGCUCAUCAGCAAGACCAGCAGCAGCAGGCGGAGCGGAGGAACGGGUUGAGUGAAGGACGUCGAAGGUCUGGUGAAGGCGCCUCGAGAACCCACGAUCUUGUGAGCGAAUGAAGUACUGCAUUCCCACUGAGUCAGAGCCUCUUCAGGACUCUAUUCUCACCACAAG